GAGCCGAGGCCAAAGCUGCAGGCGGUGGGCGCGUCUCCUCGCACCUCGUCGGUCUCUUCGCGAGCUGAGCCGAGGCGAGCCAGCCCGCGGCGCGCCAGCUGUGGCGGGGAUGGAGCGGCGCCCGAAGCCCCUGUGCUGGGCGUUCGCGCUCCUCGUGUCUCUCAGCGGCUGCCUGAGCCAGGCCGACCCGCACUUGCGCUCCGGUCGGCCGCGCGUCAGAAACAAAAACUGGUGUGCCUACAUUGUGAACAAGAAUGUGAGCUGCUCGGUGCUCGACGGCACUGAGAGUUAUGUUCAAGUUCAGUACAACUGUCCCUGGAAUCAAGUGCCCUGCCCACAUACUCCGGUAUAUCGCACAAGUUUCAGACCUAAAUAUAAAAUAGCAUACAAGACAGUAACAGAAUUGGAGUGGAGGUGUUGCCCUGGAUACAUGGGCAUAGACUGCAAAGAAGCUGUGCCACAAAAACCACGACCAGUAGUUUACCCGGCAGAACUACCGCCUGAACAUAAGAAGACAAGCUUGGAUGCUGGUCCCAGGUUAGAACAACAGGAUGCACAGGAUAAAAAAAUUCAGUUCCUUGAGGAUGAACUGUUUCGUCUCACACAGACUGUGUUAGAACUUCAGUCCUCUUUAAUGGGUGUAAAUGAAAAACCCAAGCUCACUGUGCAAGAAGAUGCAAGUCGGAUGCAUGUCUCUUGGUUGAACAAUUUUCACGAUCAUCCAAGGUCCGAUAGUACUGUUAAGGGUGAAACAGAGAAUAAGGACCAAAGAGAAGCUAGCAUAGAAAACCUGAAAACUGAACUAGAUGAAAUGAAAGAUGACUUGAAGGCCAAAAAUAACCAGUUAGAAGACAUGAAUGGGAAAGUAAAUGACUACGAAGAGCAAUUAAAGCAGCUCCAAGAAGCGGCCCAAGGCCCAACAAUCACAAUACCUGCCAGCCAGCUAUAUCAUGCAUACAUAGAUGCUAAGUUUGAAGCCCUGAGACAGGAAAUGUUGGAAGGAUUUGAAAAGAAAAUGGCAGAUCUGAAGAAUUCCUGUGAGUACAAACUGUUGGAUCUUCAGCAGCAAUGUGAGGAUCAUGAAAUGAAUUGCUCAGGAAUAAAAGAACUUUUUGGAGAAAAAGAAAAUGAGCUGAGAAAAGAAAUAAAGUAUCUUCAGAGUCUUAUUCAAGGACCAUCAAACCAGUCAUUGUGUUGCAAAGAUGCUAAAAGUAAUGACUUUGAACAACAGUUAAAAGCUUUGAAUGAAAAGAUUGACAGAACUGCAGAAGCAAAUAGAGUUUUAAAUGCCAGGUUAGAUAAUGAAAUAAAACAUAUUUCUAGUCCGCAUUCAGAAGACAACUUUGAUGCAAAAUGGGAGGAAAUGGAAGCAAGGAUCAAUGUGACAGAGAGAAAUGCUGAAGAACACUGUUUUUAUAUUGAGGAAACUCUUCGUGGUGUUAUAUCUACUGAAAUAGAGGAAGUGAAAAAAUUAUUUGACAAAAAGCUUCAACCACUGGAAAAUAAAUUAAGUGUGACUUUUAUACAUGCUAAUGUCACAGAUGAAAUACAUAUUGGUCAGGGAUCUGUCUCACACAGUGUCUCGGGAUCUGGAAAUGAGCAGCUUGCAUCUGAGAUUAAUACGGUAAAGAACAAACUACAAAUCGUUGAAAAUCUUUGCCAGCAGAAAUGUGAAUCUGUACCACCAAAUAUGGAAGGUCUCCAAGAAGACAUAGAAAACUGUAACAGUAAAUAUGAUCUGUUGUUUUUGAAAACAGAUAACAAUUUGGACCUUUUAAAAUCUUUAAAUGGCUCCCUAAAUGAAAAGUUUAAUUUAAUUAAAGGCAGCCAACGUGACAUACAGAAACUUCAGAAGGACUUUCGAAUAGUUCGUUUUGGACUGAGUGCCCUUGAUAGAGAUGUGAGAAACCUUCAGGCCGGCUUGAACAGCUGCAAAGAGCAGCUUCUGGGUGUCAACUCUACAUGUGAAAAAACACAGCUUGGUGUGUUUAGAAAAAUAGAUGAAAUACAGAAAACAGUAGCCAGUCAUACAGUUUACCCAGGCAGCAAUUGUUGUAAUGACUUGAAGGAAAGGAUGGAACUCCUAAAUGAAAAAGUGUUUCAGAAAUGUAAGGAAAAAAUUCCAGGUGUCUCAGACUUGGAAGGAAGGGUGUCCAAUGUUGAGAAAACAUGCAGCAAGUUGGAUUCUGUCUCUAGUAGCCUUCAGAGGAUAAAGGAGGGAUUAAACAAACAUAUCUCCAGUCUUUGGAAGUGUGUGAAUCAAAUUAACAGAACUGUAACAACCCAUUCUGAAGAUAUUGUUAUUCUCAAGAAUUCUUCUCAAAGUCUCAGUAACCACAAAAUAGCUAUUGACUUUCAGGACCUGAAGAAACUUCAUCCUGCUACAUUUGAAAAGCCACCACUGCUGUCACCAAGGAGACCUCAUGGAAAAGCUCCCUUGCCACCAUCAGACCCAAGAAAACCAUUACAGCCGCCUGAGCCAGGAACACCUCUGACACCAUCACAGCCAAGGACUCCAUUACAGCCGCAAGCGGGAGACCAUCUGCAACCAAUACAGCCAAGAACAGAACCUCACAUUCCAGAGCUAAGAAUACCUUUGCAACCACCACCUCCGCAAGUAAUCAUACAACCACCAUUACAAGGCAUACCUUUCCAGCCACAUUUGAGACAGCCACCAUUACCAGGAUCAAGAUCAGGCAUGCCUUCCUUGCCUGGGAAAAGUGGGAUAUUUAUGGUAACUGGAGAGGCAGGCCCUCCUGGUGCUGUCCUAAUGUCAGGAAAAGGUCGGCCAAAAAGUAUAGAUGGCCAAGAUGGGCAGUACAGUAUGGCUGUUUCAGAAGGAUAUGCUGGAGCACCAGGUUAUCCAAAAUCACAACCCAAACCACAAUCUCCACCUAAGACCACACAAGGAGCUUUAACUUCACCGGUAUCAUUUUCUGCUGGUCUCACACAGAAGCCUUUCCCCAAUGGCAUGGGUGUUGUUCAUUUUAACAAAGUGCUUGUAAAUGAUGGAAACCAUUAUAAUCCUAACACAGGCAUCUUCACGUCACCCUAUGAUGGUCGUUAUCUGAUCACAGCUGUUCUAGUUCCUGAGAGGGAUGAUUAUGUAGAAGCUGUGCUUUCUGUUUCCAAUGCAAGUGUUGCUCAUCUCCACACAGCUGGCUAUAGAAGAGAGCUGCUUGAAUAUCACAAACCAAGAUCAGGGAAACGGACAUGUGGUGGGACUGGAGCUUUCCAUCUUGUUCUUCACCUCAAAUCUGGAGCAGAAGUCAGCAUUGUAGUUACAGGAGGCAAGCUGGCCUAUACAGAUACUGAUGAAAUGUAUUCCACAUUCAGUGGGAUUUUCCUAUACCCUUCCAUUUCUCAUUCAUAGGAGAUGCUUGAGAAGAAGAGGGCUAAGCUAAUACUGAAGGUAGCAGUGGUAAUAAAUGGUAAAAUGUUCAGAUUUCAUUUGUUUCCUUUUCUCCACAGCUUCAACUGCAGUCUUUACACAGCCUUAUCUAGUGUAAGUCUCACUGAAUUCAAUGGGUUUCUGUCUGUGUACAAACGAACAAGAUUGCACAUUGUACCUUUCCUCUUAUCUGUCUUUCUUAUUAUGGAUGUGGAUAUUUAAGCACACUGAAAGAGAAAAGUAUUUUCUAUGCAUAUUGAUGUAAAAUGUUCAAUAGAUUCUUUGUGCAACAUUCGCCGAGUUAUAAAAGAGAGAACACAAUGGAAAGUGGAAGGCAAGGAAAUUUUAGGGUUAAACACUGUUUAAAGUUAUUUUUCAUUAUCCCUAUACUUGGUGGGUAAAAUGGUAGAACAAAGAAUCAGAGAGCCUCGGUUCUCUUAAGUCUGAACUAUGGACUUCAUAUAUAUCAUCUAGUAAAGGGGAGGGAAGCAUUUUUGUUGUUGUUGUUGUUGAAUCAUGUUCCAUUGGUCAUGUCUGUUGCAGACCACAAUUCAGUGUUGGUUAUGGCUCACAGUGAAAAUCUGAAGAAUUACUGCCUAUUUUCUCUCUGCCUAAAAAUUGCCAAAGGAGGGAUAAGACACCUGAUUUAAUGGCUUUCCAAGGACUUUUGAAAUGUCAUUUCAACCCAUUCUAGUAUCUGUAAAACAUGUCUGGAAAUGAACAUUGCCUGUCCUGUUGCUGAUGGAGGAUUGAGUGUAACAGAUACUUGCUUGAGGCCACUCAGUGAGUUCAUUGCAGACAUAAAAUUUAGGAGUCAUUCUGAUCCAUAACUGUAUCUUAGCCAUUAUGCUGUGAUGCUAAAUGUUGAUACAGACUUCUGAUAUUUUUUGAGAGGAAUCCUCUAAUGCUAUUUUUCUCUCUGUUGUCACUAAAAGUACCUGGUGCUAUUUUUAUAAUGCAGCAUCUGACAUUUGCAUCAUCAACUGGUUUAGUUUCUAUAAGUAAAUGUUUUCUGUUCCCAUGGAGCUAGUUCACACAAUACUGUCUUCAGUUGUUACAAGUGUACACAUUUUCAUAUGAGAAAAAACAGGAAGAAAAACAAGCCUUAAACAACUCUUACGAACUUGUGUCUCUUCCUCUGUCAUAUCUUUUCUUGGUAGCAGACUAUGCUUUAAAAAACAAACCCUGCCCAAGACACACCCUGUUUUCUUUUUUCCUGCAUAAUGAACUAUUAGGAGUAUUAAUCUGUUUUUAUAGAAAAGAUCCCUCAUGAAGUGGGUUCAUAAGAAUCUCUCAUUAAUCUUCUUACUUGAGAUCUGAGAAAGCAUUAUACUUUUCUUAGUUCUGUGAACCAGUCCCUAAAGAUUUGUUUCCAGGCAACAUAAAGCAAACCUCAUCCUGAAUGCUGAGCUCACACUCUUAAGCCAAUACAUCAGCUGUACAAAAAUGUUUCCUGUACAUGUGACUUAUUGUUUCAUAAGAACUACGUGCUUCCAAUACACUCCCUUUAUAUUGUAUUGUUUCACAAUAUGCGGUGGGGGGAACAGUAUGAAUUUAAUAUAUGUGGGGUGAAAUCCUUUUACACAGUUAUGCAAAUAGCCUAACUUUUAGAAGUGAAUUGCCCAGGUGAAGAAAUUUCUGUUGACAUUACCUGUUGCAUACUGAGUUGCACAAUUCAGCAUACUGUAUGCCAGGUAAGGGCUAUGGAAGUUUUUUAAUUGACAGCAGUUUCCCUCUAAAAGUAACAACAUUGUGUAAAGUGUAUAAUAGGAUUUUAGUUGGCCUUGAUUACCAUGCUUAUUUUUUCCAGUUUGAUGACUGUUUUAAAAAAUGUACACAGAACUCUCUCCUGGAGAAAAUACAGUGAAGCUGAAGCUAUGUGCUGCUGUUCUAUGUUAUAGAAGUUCUAGGUUAUGGCCUGAGGGUGCUUUGACUUCUCCAUUUUGGACUUGGCUUUCCUAUAUAAUGUAACCAGAAGCUAUACAAAUAGAAUUUGGGCAUGAACAUUGCCAGGAUGUCAUUACUAUUGUGCAUAAUGGAAAAGACUAGACUUACUGCUUCUAUUGUGAUCAACUGCCUAUUUCCUUUACUGUUGAAGGUAAUUUUGAUGUCCGAAAAUUUAGUGUUCGCAGCCUGAGAUUCAGCCUGUUUAUCCAAUUUCUCAGGUGUAACAAAAUCCUGAAAGAUAUUCCUUCAAAUAUUCUCUUUCUUACUACAGUAGUACCUCGGUUUACAAAAACCUCAGUUAACGUAAUUUUCGGUUUGUGAACAGAAACCCAUUGAAAAUAAUGCCUCGUUUACUUUUUUUUUCACAGUACGAAGCAAGUUUUCCUAGAGGUUUAUAGUGCUGCCCCCAUGUUCCUAUGGCAAACCGUCUUUUGGUUUAUGAAUUUUUCGCAUUAUGUAACAUCCCAGAGAACACAUUAAAUUCAUAAACUGAGGUACG